CCAAUGUAUAUAGAAAAAUGGGGAAAAGAUUUGGGGAUAGAGAUAGAUGAGGAUAAACAGAGGAAAAUAUAUAGACAUACACAUGAAAAUAUUAGUAUGAGAGAGGUGGAGGUAAAUUACAAAUGUUUGGUAAGAUGGCACAUCACACCGAGUGUUGAACACAAAAUAGAUGUAGAAAGAACACAAGAGUGUUGGCAAGGGUGUGGGAAGUUUGGUACGUGGUUUCAUAUAUGGUGGGAGUGUCCAAAGAUUCAAAGUUUCUGGGAGACAAUAGUCAACUUAAUAAGGAAAAUUUCAGGGAUAAAGAUAGGACUAGAUCCAGAAGCGUGCCUAUUACAU